CCAAAGCACGAGGAGGAGGAGGAGGAGGAAGGAGAGGGCAGCAGCAGCAGCCCUCCUCGUUUUCUGCCGGUGCCGGGGAAGAUGUCCGGCGGGAGCAGCCGAAGGAGAAGCGGCUCCUCCUGGCACAGCAGCUUCUCCCGACUUUUUUCCAGGAGCCCGUCCAAGGAGCAGGAGGCAGCGGGCACAGCAGCAGCAGCUCCUCCUCUUCAGCAGCCGGGCGCACGCAGCUUUGAAACUGAUCAAAAUGAAUGUACCAGUGUGGCAUUUCAGAGAAAGCAGAGCACCCCUCUCCCAGAGCUGCUUAAGAUUUCAGUCUGUGACAGUAAGAACCUCUCAACUGAAGAGCUGAGCAGAUCCACCACUCAGGAGGAAUUAAAGAAAGCUAAUAGCCUUCCUAGUUUAGUUCGUGAAGGCAAAAACGCCAGUAAUGACAGACAGCCCAAAGAAGGAUUUUUCCAGUAUCUUGGGAGUUUGUUUGGUAUUGCUUCAAAAUUAUCCUACAAAGAAACUGAGCAUUCCAACCUUGGAGAUGGAUGCCACAGAACUGGCAAAGACUUUGCAAGUUCAGCUAGUCACCAGGAAGUUGUACAUGCAGACCAUCCAAAACCAGAAAUAUUUGUCAUUUCAACACCUGGAGGUGAACAGACAGCAACAAACAAAGAGGAACAGGCUAACUUUGUUAAAAGCACCAGUUCUGGCUCACAGGAUUUACAGAAAGCACAGGAGCAAUCUGCUGAAGCAUCCAAGAAAACAGAAUGUGAACUGGGUGCACCUGCAGUUACUUAUGCAACAUAUCGAGGUUCUGCAAGAAUUAAGCAGUUGCUUAAGAAACAAGCGGAAUUGGAGCAAGAAAAACAAACCUCAACCAGCAUUAAUAGCACUACAGUCAAAAACAAAGAAAAUAGGACUGUAAGCCUUCCAAACUCAGAAACAAAGACAGAAUCCUCGUUGAAAACAAACUCGGGACCUCAGACUAAAGAUGACACAAAGGAUUCACAAGCAAAAGUAUUUUUGGCAGAAAUGGAUUUGGGGGGCAAUUCUUUGGGUGUCUUGGAUAAUUGUGAGCAAAAAGAACUGAAGAACAAAAUUACCUUGUUGACAGAAAUGGAAGCAAUCAAAAAUUGCAUUGAGGAACUGGUUUCUGUGAAACAUGCAGCAGUUUCCAACACACCAGAACUUAAUAAGAACCUUCUGUUGGAGCCAAAACUGUUGCAAAAGAAAGCCAAUUUCAGUUGCCAGAAUACAGAUGCUGUUAGUAUGAGUUCAGAAAAUAGCAGAUUGCUUGAAAAUAGGGAGGAGGUGUUAGGGGAAAUACAAAUGGAGAAUCAGUCAAUCAAUGCUACCACUGUUGGCUUUCAAAAAGGAAUGCAGUUUUGCGCAUUUUCUAACACAGAAACAAAAGAAACAAUGCAAAAGGAGCUUUUUUCGCACCCCAAAGUAGACUUAUGUGAUAAUGAGCAACAGCUGCUAGAAAACAAAUGUCCCUGCAAUAGUUGGACUGAGGAUCAAUUCAAACUAAAAGCAGAGAACCAAACAUUGCAUUUGAAUAGUAGUUUAGGUAGGGGACAGGCAGUUAGCAGGGUAAAAAGUGAAACUGAAGAAUCACACCAAAAAGUGACAGAGCGGAAGGAGGAAAACAUGCAGAUCAUUUCACCAAAUGGACACUUACCUCUCCAUGAACAAAAAGUUGGAGAAGAAUUGCAGUUGGUGUUGCAGGAUACAAAUUGCAAAAAAGGUGAUAUAUCAGUAGGAGUAGGUAUGAUUGCUUCAGUCCAAUCCAAAGAAAUGGUUCAAGAUGUAGAUAUAUUUGGCAAAAGCGAUCUAAAGAGUGAAGAGCCCACUGAGUUCAUGGUACUUACAGAUACACAAAACGAUCAUAACUUUCCCAUGAUGUCUGAGAAUGGAACUAAUAAUUUUACCAAUGAUAAUUUGUAUAUGCCUGUGACAAAAUUUGACCACGUUAGAAUGAUAGGUGCUUCUCCUAACGCAACUAAGGUAAACCAUGCCAACACAUCUUUGUUAGCUGCUGAAUAUGAAAAUGUGGUGUCUCGGGUUGCAUCAACCGCCUUAGAAACAGGUGAUACCAGCACUGAGGAGGCUGUGGGCACUAUGGAUGGUGCCCCUCUUAUCCUUGAGGCUAAAGAUGCCAACUGCCAUGUUUCUGAGAGAGUUGAGGAUGAAACCCUGAUCGAAACAUUGACCAGUUUAGAUAGUCCUCUUCCUCUCUCUGAAGACAAAACCAAGCCCAUCAAAUUAGAGAACUCAGAACUUAAAAGCAACACAGGCACUAAUAAAGUGGCCAAACCUAUUCCAUCACUUCUUAAAACUGCAGAAGUUGUGAUAUCUGCACAAAAAAAUGAUCCAUUAGUUGAUGAAAUAAAAAAUCAAACUGAAGCAAAAGUGGCUUAUGAAACUAAAGAGGACAUCACAAUAGGUCUACCUCCUGCCUCUUCUUCUAAAGAGACAUGCUUGCCUGAGAUCUCUCCUCCUGUUGUGAAAUCAGAAGAAAAUAGUUAUUUAUCAUUUCCUCCUUCUCCGUUACGUGUCUUGGUCAGUAACUCUUUCAUCUCUGGAGACAGCAAAAUCAUUUUGGACCCUGUGUCUAAACCUGUCCUUAAUUCUGAAGAUCACAGUUUGUUGGAGGCUUUGUGUUCUUUGGCUGAUAAACAGGAUUGCACUAACCAGUCUCUAAGUGAUUCUGCAGGGACUAUCAAUGGUAAAAUAUGCUGUUCUGCCUCUACAUGUGAAAAUAACCAAGUUAUCUCAAAGUCAGAGGACUGUGGACCUCGGAGCCUUCUUAUUGCUGCUGAAUCUGGGUGUGCAGGUCAAGUUCCUGGUACUUUUUUGGAAUCUGAAAGCAUUUCUGAAACUAAGAUUACCUUUGACACUGCUGAAAUUGCUGAUAGUGGAAGUGAGAUUUUACUGCGCUCUGAAGAAAUGAAGGAUAUGUCUGCAUCUUGCUUGAUAGACUGUAGAUUGAACCUGGCAAAAGAGGAUCUUCCUGUUUCUACAUAUGAAAAUUUAUAUACUUUCCAGCCUGUGUCACCCAUUACUUGCUUUAAAGAUAGCUCAAAGCUUAGUUCUCCUGCCUGUGAAACAUCAGAUUUUGUUUUAGACAAGAAUCAUUCUCUUCCUAUUGAUUCUGAAGAAAAGAAGGGCAAGGUUUUACCUAAAUAUAAACCAAAUACUCUACACUCUGAAUCAGUGUCAGAAACAGAGUACCCAGUCCCAUCCUUGUCCCCAGUUGCCUGUGAUGUAGAAGCUAUAGAACCUGUAAAGAUAGUACUAGGAAUGUCUUUCACUACACAGCAGAGAAAAGAGGAGCAAAUAACUUCAGGCCAACUAAAUCUUCACUACCUUGCUGCUGCUACUACUUCAAACACUGUUGAAAUGGGUGAUCAAGCAAUUACAACUUUGUUUACAGAAUCAAGCAGCCAGUUUUCCGAGGAAGCACUGAGUGAUGUUGAAACAGGAAGGCAAGUACAAAUUAAAUCCCAAGACUUAACUGUUUUGCUCAAAAAGGCUGAUGAAAUAGUUGAUGCAGUUCUGCGUUUAGCCAUAGAAGAAAUAAGAUCAAAGCAAGCAGCUGGCGUCUGCCAGACUAAUGACAUUAAGGACAAUUUAUUAGGGCUCAGCCUUCAAAAAGAUCAGAAAAAUAGAAAAAUGCUGUCAGAAUCAAAAGAAAUGCAGUCAAGGAAUUCAUCAUUAAAGCAUGUUAAUGAGGGUUGUAUCAGAAAGCUUUCUGAAUUUAAAGCAAAAGACACACUUGGCACAAAUAUUAAAGAUGAAAAAAUAUCAUUUGGCAUUACAGAUAAUAUUGACCUACAUAGUUCAAUAGCACUAAAAGCAAAAGAAAUAAUUGAUGGUGUUAUUAAUGCAGCCAUACAAAAAGUGACAUAUAAUCAGCAUGAGGACCAUCUGAGCAAUGGCAUUCUUCAAAAUUCAGCCCUUAAGUCCAACACUGAAGCAUCAAAUAAGCUUACUACUGAUACCGAAUCAACAGCUAAACUUCCCAAAAUAAUUGAAGAACCUUUAAAUUUAAGUCCAAUAUAUGGAACUUCAGUAUGCAAUAUAAUCAGUGAGGGUAAAGUAGCAAACUCCUCAGCAUCUUUGUAUAUUAAUAUUAAAGACGACCACAAGGAAAUAACAGGUGGAGAACAGAAAAAUGAAAAUGACUGGUCUGAUCCCACAGCUACACUAGUAUGCAGCCCUCCUAUAGUCAAUGGGGAAAACAGUAACCAUGACAAUUGUACUAUGUGCAAGACAGAUGCUGGUGAGGAAACAAAGUGGACAAUUGAUGAUGAAUCUGAAUAUCCCUCAUAUUCAAUAAAUGAAGAUACUGUAAUAGAUGAAGUGAAUUUGCCACCAUAUGGACCUUUAGAUUCACUUGGACAUAAUGUAGGGAAGAAUCUGCCUGAAUAUGUUUUUAAAGAGGGUGACUCUGCCAAAGUUGUAAGAGAGGAGCCAUGUGAAAAAUAUUAUGAAAUAGAAAGUGAAAAGGUCUGUGGUAAAAUGACGAAAGCUUACACAGUGCCACAGAAUGCUUAUAAAUUUGGCACCCAAUUCAGUAUGUCUGAACGGUCUGUAAUGAACAGCUCAGCAAAGAUUGGCUUGAACUCAGAUUUUUCCUUUAAGGAAGAAGCAGUCGUUGAGACAGGUUUAACAGUGGCUAAUGUGCUCAGGGAAUAUUGUCUGGAUGUUGAUAAUGAUUGUGGAAGUGGAGAGAAAUCCCCCAAGUUAUUUGCUUCUUCUCCACCAGAAGAGUUGGACAGCAGUUCUUUCACCAUUUUGUAUGAAGGUGCUCUUCAAGAUGAAAGCUAUUUAUUUUCAACAGAAGAACCAGAUCAUCCCUUAUCAUCCCUUCCUGAGCAAUCCCUGGAUAAUAAUCAACAUUUUCUUAUGUGUGAAACUGUAAAAGGCAAACUUGAGUCUGUCCACCCUUAUGAACAAAGCAACCAAUUAAGCAAUCUUUCUUCAGAAGCAUUCGUGACAGUGGAAGCAAAGCGAUUCAGUGUUUACCCUUUCUCUUUGUCUCCUAUAUAUGAAGAUGACAGUUCUCAAGAGGACUUGCUGUCCGCUGAUGUCUCACCAGAAGGUAAUACUAUUGAAAGAGCCAACCAAUCCUUGUCAGUCUUAUCACUUCUUCAGUCAGUGUCUGAACGGUUAAGAUCUAGCAGCCAGUGUAAUGAAGAAGAGGAAGAGAAUAUUUGUGAAGAAAACAAACUAGAGGAUGAAAAAGAAGCAUAUCUUUCCAGUAAGGGGCCAAACAGCUCAUGCACAGCAGUCCCAGAAAACAUUCAUGAGAGGAGAUACUCACAUUUUCUUUCUAAGGAGCCACUUAACGCAGAAGAGACCUUAUCUUUAAGUUCAAUGCCUUCAGCUCAGCUUUUACAAAAAUCUGAUCGUGACAUAAGUUCUUCUUCAAAGAAUAUAUACUAUGAAAGUCUGCAGAGUUCAAGAACUUAUUCGAGUGAGAAGGGAACUCGAUUUAGGAGUGUUUUGGUGCCAAAGGAUCAGCAGCCUGAAAGUAGUGGCUUACAAAGACCAGCAGCUUUUCAAGUGUGUCCUGUUGGCAGGGAAGGACUCAAAUGCAAUCCAAGACCAGGGAAAAUGGUUAUUUGUGAUGUUCACGGCAACACAAUUGAAAUUUACCAUGAUGUGGUAGAUGCUACAGCCUGGGUGUUUUCAAAAGAAGCACUGAUCAGAGUUGUCAGAGGAUGCUGGAUUAUGUAUGAGAAACCAGGAUUCCUGGGUGAGAAAUAUGUUCUAGAAGAAGGAGAGGAGAUGCUGAAUGAUUUAUUGAAUCCUCACAGUGAAAAACAUCAAAAGAACUUCAAAGUUGGUUCAAUCAGACAAGUAGUGAAGGAUUGCAGUGUUCCCGAGAUUGAGCUUUACCCACAAGAUAGCACAGAUCAUGUUCCUGUCUGCAUCCAGAGUGCAGUUGCUAAUUUAGAAGAACUGGAAGUCAAACCACAUACUCUUUUUGUGAAAGCAGGAGUAUGGCUUGCCUAUUCAGACAUUAAUUACAAAGGAGAGGUGAUGGUUUUGGAAGAAAACCACAGCCCAUGUGAAAUUUCAGCAGCUGAUGUAAAAUCUCUUCAUCCGUUGAAAAUGGGUGGCCUGAAGGUUCAAAUGCCUACGAACAUUAAGAUGAUAAUAUAUGAGACCCCAUACUUUGGAGGAUGGCAUAAAGAGCUUUCUGAAAAUACUGAUUGUUUCCCAAACCUUUUUGAAAAUGCUGAUGAUUUCCAGGGAAUUGGAUCAAUACGUGUCAUUGGUGGAAUAUGGGUUGCCUAUGAGAGGGAACGAUAUAAAGGCCAGCAAUACUUGUUAGAGGAAGGAGAAUUUGAAGACUGGAAAUCUUGGGGUGGAGUGAGCAGUGUCCUGCUGUCUUUCAGAUUUUUGCAAGCUGACUUCAUGGAGUCUGCAAUAACGCUUUUUGAAAUGGAUGAGGAAAAUGGCAAAUCGUUGGACAUUGCCAAUCAAGAAGUUCCUGAUUUGGAACAGGCUGGAUUUGGCCCACUCACAAGAUCAGUUAAUGUGAAGAGUGGAGUAUGGGUUGCCUAUCAGCAGAAGUACUUCUGUGGAGAACAAUAUAUAUUGGAGAAAGGAAAAUAUAAAUGUUUUUUUGACUGGGGAGGAUCUAGUGAAACUAUUAUGUCAAUUCGUCCAAUUAAGUUGGAGCCACUAGGAAAUCAUGAACCCAAACACUGGCUUAAAGCUUUCAGCGGCACACAUUUCAAGGGAUCGUGUAUAGAUGUUACAAGAGAAGUUGCUGGUUUUGCAUCAUUUGCACCUUGUUCUUUUAAGGUUCUUCGGGGAUGUUGGUUACUGCAUUACCAGGGGGAAACUGCUGAGGAUCAGUGUGUGCUGGAAGAAGACCUCUACCCUGACCUUACUUCCUGUGGUUGUCCAGCAGCUGCAGUCAAGUCCCUUAAGCCUCUUGAAUAUGUUUUUGCCGAGCCUUUGAUCAGCCUUUUCGCUUUGGAGAAUUGCGAAGGCAGAGAGCUGCACUUGCAAGAAGCAGUCAGUUCAAUUCUGAAUAAGGAUCUUCAUUUUCCUACCCAGUCUGUGUGGGUGAAAAGUGGACUAUGGAUAGCGUAUGAAGGAUGCAAUUUCUUAGGGAACCAGCUUCUCCUUGAACCCAGCAAGAUUUCGAACUGGACUCAGUUUAGUGGCUGGAAAGUAAUUGGCUCCCUUCGUCCUGUAAAGCAGCCAGCAGCGUACUUCAGAAUAAAGAACCGAUCCCUAGACAAAUACCUGACAGUUGCUGGGAAUCUAAUGGAUGCAAGAGCUACAUCAUUAUGUCUUUCCCCAUUAAAUGGCAAGACCACUCAGAUCUGGCGCUACUGUUCUGGACUUCUCAAGUCCAAGGUUAAUGAUGCUUGCCUUGAUGUCAUUGGAGGCAGAGAUGUUCCUGGAGCUAAAGUUGCAUUGUGGGUAGAGCAUGGGAAGGCAAGACAGAAGUGGAUGCUCAACAAAGAUGGGACCAUCAGCUCAUACCUCAGUGACCAACUGGUUCUCGAUAUCAAAGGGGGAUAUUAUUAUGACAGGAACCACAUUGUUGUAAACCAGCUCAACACCAGCGAAUGCACACAGAUAUGGGACUUCGAAAUAUUGUGAGUGUGUCUCACUCCACUAUAAAGGCAUUUUAAACUCUGAAUGAAUGUGGGAUGAAAACACUGUUGAACAAACUACUGAAGUCACACAGCACUGGAGCGUGUUAUAGAAUGUGCCUGACUCUGCUAGCCAGGGAAUCCCAAACUGUCACAUGUUUUAAGUGGCAAUGGAAUACUAAAUAUUGCCUUGUUUACCCUUGUGAACAGAUAUACUACAUAAGAGCAACGGCAUAUUCAGCAGAGUCCUAUUAAGCAAUAAUGCUACAGUGGUGAUUAUGCAAACAUUCUCUACUUGCUAAUUAUAUGUUUUUACCCCCUUUUCCUUACCACGUGAGAGCUAAAAAACAACAAAACUUUGAGUUGAAAUGCAUCUCCUACAGUUUUAAGCUACGAGUAGAAGCUUUUUGAUUAUUGCACUGUUUCCUCAUAUCUCGAUAUAUCUCACUUUUGAAAAAUUGAGUGUUUUGCCUCAGGUAAGUUUCAUAAUUGUAAAUCAAAAUGGCGAUAAAACAAAUGCUUUGAGAACUGUAUAUGAAAAGACAGCUUAUUUAACGUUAAGCUUAGUGCUAAUUCUCCAUUCUCAAUAGUAUUUUAUUGUAGAGGAGAAAUUAUGUGAGAUCUAGUGACUAGUUUCAACUAUUCACUAAAGAAAAUUUGAAAUGGAGCUUGGUAACGCACAGAGCAUUAUCACAGAGAAAUACUGGCAAUUGAGCUUUUGUAUAGAAAACUUUCUGCUGUUGUUCCAGUCUACCUACUGUAGCCACAAUUCCAGUCAGUUAAAAAUCAAUGAGAUUAAAAAGUAUUUAACUAGGGAGAUUGAAGUAUAUGAUUG